AGUACAGUAUCUUAUAGUAACAUAAGAAUAUCGGUAAAGCACGAAGAAGGAAGAAGGAAACAGGAAACAGGACCGCAAAGUGGAGCCGACGGUGCAACUAUGUACAUACCCGCAGUACCUGCGAUUGAACAAAGCGCAUCGGCUUCAUGAGAUGUGCUAUGGGCAUUGUACUGUGUAGAGUCAAGUCGGACGGAGCGGCAAAGGGGAUGUGGAUAUGUAUGGAUUGAUGAAUGGGGAAAUGCCAAAUGGGAUGGGAUGUUGGGACGUCAUGUGCACCGUUCUCUGCUCAAGGCACUCGGCUCGGGCCUCAGCGCUCUCGGUGCCCUCAGCGUUGGAGAGAAAGGGACCAAGGUAUUACUAUCAACGAUAUGUGCAGAGGUGGUAUGUUAGUUAUGGUCAGGGGGGAGCACGCAUGUUAACUGGAGGUUUGUAUAGGCGCGCGCCGACGACGGACGAGAGAGAUGAAUGGGCUUUUCGCACGUUGGCAGUUGGAAGCGCCUGUGAGGUCGCAUCGAUUAUUACUCGCAGCUGGUGGAGUGCCGUCGCCGCCGCCAUCGCCGCCGUCACAGUUGGUGUGGUUAUGGUGUUGGAGGGUGGAAAUGACCAGGGGAAGAAGUUAAGAAAUGGGCUUAGGGGGAGGCAGUGGAUUCGGGAGUGGACGCCGCACAGCACAGUUACCGCAGUAGUUACUACACAGAGUCAUGGCAUGGCAUGGCACCAGGCAAACAAAUGGCACACCCUCCUUUGGGAACAGUGGCGGAUAGGGAUGCUUUAUUCGGGUAUAGCUGAGAAUGCGAUCACCAGGGAACAGAAGAGGAAUAUGCACAAAUGUGAAAAUGUGAUGGACAAGAAGAGAAGGGAUUUGUUAAUUAGAGGGAAGGGAGGGAUUAGUUCCGUUACAGGCAAAGGCGUGGGCAUGUCCUCUGUCUGCCAGCACGAGUACGGGCAUAGCCAUAAUUCACAGCCUACUUACUCGUACUGUACCAAGUGA